AUAGUUAGACGACUGUAUUAAAACCCGCCCCAUUUAUUUAUUGGACGGAUCUGACCCAUUCAUAACUGGAGCAGGUCCGAGCGUCUAAUGGGGCUCCAACCCAUUGAAUUGCUCUAAUUGCCAAAUCAAUAAGGAAAAAAAAAAACCGGACGAACGACUCUCUCUCAAUUCUCCAUUGAAGCGCACUUGACGUUCUCUAUUGAGGCGCCUUCUAACACUUGUAUCCUCCAUUGAAGCAGCUUCUGAGGUAUGAUCAUUCACUUGCAAAAGCACCAUCUUAUCACGGCACAACUUGCCCGAAGAGCAACCUUUUGGCGGAGAUUACAUAAUGGUCCAGACACUAUAGAGGAGCUGAUUGACCGGCAUUUGGUGAAAGAGAAACCAUCAUAUGACGAUGAUGAAAAUGAGCUCUUAACCCGUCAACGACUCACCAGCACUCGACGAGAGGCAUUGGGUCUCUACAGAGAUAUACUCCGUGCCACACGGUUCUUCAUGUGGCCUGACUCUAGAGGGGUGUUGUGGCGAGAUAUUCUUAGAGAAAAUGCUCGUAAAGAAUUUGAAGAGGCUCAGUUUGAGAAAGAUCAUGAAGUAAUAACUCGGUUAUUGAUUGGUGGAAGAGAUGCUGUUCAAGCUGCUCUCGACAAGCUUGCUGAGAAACAGAGAGAUCAAAUAGAGAAGGAUCGAAGUGGCAGAAGCUAACUAUGUUGAACUUUAACCAUGUAUGUAUGGGAAAUGGAAGUGAAUUGUUGUUACAUCCUUGUAUUGAGUUGUAUUGGCUGCCAUGAAUGUAGAAUUGUGCAUACUGUUACCCACUUGCCCA